AUGCUCGGUACCUCUGUUGUCCUCCUCGCCCUUGCCGCGGUCGGCCUCGCUCAGGUCCCCGAGGGCUACCGCGCCGUAUACAUCACGUCGAAUGUAGACCCCAAGUUUGUAAUCGUCGCGAAGGCGCGGACUACCGGCAGCACCACCAUCGUCCAAACCCGCAAAAGCACCCCGGAGCAGCAGUGGUACCUCAAGGACGGCGCGACCAAGAUCCAGCUCGCUGGCACCACGCUCUGCAUGGACGGAGGCGCCAAGGCCAACUGGAAGGACAUGGGCAACAUCUACGUCAACGAGUGCGCCGAGACCGAGUCCCAGAACUGGUUUGUCAUGGCCGACGGUCGCAUUGCGCUGGAGCCCUCGGGCCAGAAGCAGUGCGUCGACUUGGUUUACAUGAGGGCGGUGGAGAACAACGCGGUUGGGCUGUACAGCUGUGCCGGGCUGGGCAACACGGGGGCGGCCGACAAGGGGAUCAACUGGCCGUUGGUCAACGCCACUGCUCCUGCUUAA